AUUGGGCGGCGCUUGCGAAUGUUAUGACUGUUCAACUGUCUGGUUUCUCUCUCCUCUCACACUCUCAGCUUUUGUUGAAACUGUUUACCGGUCGUCAGUUCUUCGUUUGACUCGCGUCCUGAACGAUCGCUUUCAGUUUUCCUCAGCUCAACUCUUUACACUAAUGUCUUCCACUCCUCAAUUCCUUCGCUGGUACGAGCAGAACAAGCCAGUACCAUACCGCUCAGUGCUCCAGGAGAAGUUCGAGCCCGGACAGACGCUCAUCGUCAAGGGAUCGACGAUCGACGAGUCGCAACGCUUCACCAUCAACCUUCACUCGAAGACCGCGGAUUUCUCCGGAAACGAUGUGCCACUCCACGUCUCUGUCCGCUUCGAUGAGGGCAAAAUUGUGCUCAACUCGUUCUCGAAUGGAGAAUGGGGAAAGGAAGAGCGCAAGUCGAACCCAAUCAAGAAGGGAGACUCGUUCGACAUUCGCAUCCGUGCUCACGACGAUCGCUUCCAGAUCAUCGUCGACCACAAGGAGUUCAAGGACUACGAGCACCGUCUGCCACUCUCCUCAAUCUCUCACCUCUCGAUUGACGGAGAUCUCUACUUGAACCACGUUCACUGGGGAGGAAAGUACUACCCAGUACCAUACGAGAGCGGACUCGCCAACGGACUUCCAGUCGGAAAGAGCCUCCUCGUCUUUGGAACCGUUGAGAAGAAGGCCAAGCGCUUCCACGUCAACCUUCUCCGCAAGAAUGGAGACAUCUCGUUCCACUUCAACCCACGUUUCGAUGAGAAGCACGUCAUCCGCAACUCUCUUGCCGCCAACGAAUGGGGAAAUGAGGAGCGCGAGGGAAAGAACCCAUUCGAGAAGGGAGUCGGCUUCGACUUGGUCAUCCAAAACGAGGAGUACGCGUUCCAGGUGUUCGUCAACGGAGAACGCUACAUCUCGUUCGCUCACCGCGCCGAUCCACACGACAUUGCCGGGCUUCAGAUCUCUGGAGACAUUGAGCUGUCUGGAAUUCAAAUCCAAUAAAUUAUGUAUUGAUAUCCCCUGUUCCCCCUCUUUCUUCUGUUAUCCAGCUCUCCCAUUUCUCUCUCUCUCACUGAUCAAUCUUCCAAAAGUCUACUGCCCCUCUCCCCCCCCCCCCCCCCCAAAAAGAAUCAUUUCUCUAUUAUUUCGCACCGGCAACUGAACUGUAAUCCCGCGUUUUUCUUUUUGUAUCUUUUCUCACCCCCCACAUUGUAUUUUAAUAAAAUUGGAUAGCAGA